AUUUCUCUCAAGUCCCGGCGAUUCGCGCUAAAGGGUCCCUUAAUAGUUCGCGUUCUUGUUUUUAAAAAGGUCGGAUGAUCGCCACACAAAUCGUUCUUGAGAAGGUCGAAGCUUCACCAGCAACGCGCUCUCGGUAGCCAGGCUCGCUGAAAGCUUCACCAUCACCAUUGCUUCCGGCAUCGCCAUCAUAACAUAGUACAUCGUCUUCGUCUUCUUCUUCCGUCUCACGCAGUAACCCGACCUCAACCACUCCAUACUACUUAGCACCACUCCUGAACGUGGUCGCCCUGCGUGGCUUCUCCAAGCAUAUAAACGAACAACGACCGUCAAGAUGGGUUGGAUAGAGACCACCAACCGGGCGGUCGCCAAGAGUCCGGUCGGUCGCUGGUUCAAGCUGGACGGAUGUGGACAUCCGAAAGAGAGGAAGGGCUCCUACUUCCUCACCGAGAUGCGAGCCGGAAUCGCCACCUUCUUUGCCAUGGCCUACAUCAUUGCCGUCAAUGCCAGCAUCGUGUCCGAGACUGGAGGCACCUGUGUGUGCCGUGAGCCACCGACCGCGGGCGCGAUACCCUGCGCCAACAACACCGAAUACCUCCUCUGCAAGGCCGACAUCAAGAAGGACCUCGUCACGGCCACAGCAGCCAUCUCGGCUCUCGGGACCUUCUGCAUGGGUCUCUUUGCUAAUCUCCCAGUGGGAGUCGCCCCAGGCAUGGGCUUGAACGCCUACUUUGCUUACACGGUCGUUGGCAAGCACGGGACCGGCCCGGUCCCCUUCGAGGUCGCCCUGACGGCCAUCUUUAUCGAGGGCUUCAUCUUCUUCGGUCUCGCGGCGCUCGGCUUGCGCCAAUGGCUCGCACGCGUCAUCCCCCGCUGCAUCAAGCUGGCCACGAGCGUCGGCAUCGGCCUCUUCCUGACCCUGAUCGGCCUGACCUACGCCGAGGGCAUCGGUCUCAUCGUCGGCGGCACCUCCGUGCCCAUCGCCCUGGCCGGCUGCCUCGAUGAGCUCAAGGGCGCCGACGGCCAGUGUCCCGACAGCGUUAAGAUGCGCAGCCCCAUGAUGUGGGUCGGCAUCUUCUGCGGCGGCGUAUUCACCGUCAUGUUGAUGUUGUACCGGGUCAAGGGCGCCAUCAUCGCCGGAAUCAUUCUCGUCUCCAUCAUCUCCUGGCCCCGCACGACCGCCGUCACCUACUUCCCCUACACCGACCUCGGCAACAGCAACUUUGACUUCUUCAAGAAGGUUGUCGACUUCCACCCGAUCCAGAAAGUGUUGAACGUCCAACACUGGGAUAUCGGAGGUUACGGCGGCCAGUUUGGCCUGGCCCUCAUCACCUUCCUCUACGUCGACAUCCUCGAUACCACCGGCACCCUCUAUUCCAUGGCUCGCUACGCCGGCCUCGUCGACCCCGUCACCCAGGAUUUCGAGGGUUCCACUUGGGCCUACAUGGUCGACUCGCUCACCAUCGCGGUCGGUGCCGUGAUGGGCACUCCACCCGUGACCGCCUUCGUCGAGUCCGGUGCGGGCAUUGGCGAGGGCGGCAAGACGGGCCUGACGGCCAUGUCGACAGGCCUCUGUUUCUUCAUCUCCAUCUUCUUUGCGCCCAUCUUCGCCUCCAUCCCGCCCUGGGCCACCGGCUGCGUACUCGUCCUGGUCGGCUCCAUGAUGGUCCAGGCCGCCACCGACAUCAACUGGAGAUACCUGGGCGACUCGGUCCCGGCCUUCGUCACCAUCGCCCUCAUGCCCUUCACCUACUCCAUCGCCGACGGCCUCAUCGGCGGCAUCUGCCUCUACAUCCUCCUCAACACCCUCGUCUGGCUCAUCGAGAAGGCCUCCUUCGGCCGCAUCGUGCCUCCCAACAAGGACCUCAAGGAGCCCUGGACCUGGCGCUCUGAGGGCGGCAUCAUGCCCCCGUGGGUCGGCCGUCUAGCCAAGGACCCGAAGCAUUUCUGGCGCAGGUCACCCCAGCCCUCCGUCUCGGAUACUGAGGGCGUGGCCGAGCGCAUCGUCGGUAAGACGGUCGAGUUUGAUCGGGAUGCGCCCGUGGCCACGGGCCGGGAUGAGAAGACGGCUUGAUUGCGAUGUUUUGGUUUUUGUUUCUUUCCAAGCAUGUAUCUGUGAGAAUAGAACGUUGGGGAUGUAGCAUAUUCACGUAAUUCGAGCGGUUGUUCAAGAUAUGAGAAGAGUCUCCUGAGUGGAAUUGUGUGUGGUUCACAUUACCCAGCCUCUCUUGAACAAAUCAUUGCUCAGCGACAGGCAAUCAAACGGCUGCAACUCGGCCAAUUUUGGUCCCG